UUUGAAUUAUUAUUGUUUUUCUUGUCAAAUAAAUGAUGCAUUGAAAAAUGAAUUGAUAAACACGUGAAAAUAACCAGAUGUAUAUAAUCAGCUGUAGUCCAUCCCAUCAGACUCCCUGCCUUUCUUUGCGCAUGUCUCUUUCUCUCCACAUUUAAAAGCAUCAGGAUACAAGCAAGAGGGGAGAAAGGGAGGCGACCGCGCAAAUACAAUGAUCUCAGAAACUGGGAACGACAAUCCGAAGGCAGACUAUCUCCGAUCCGAAGCGAGCUAUUGCCCAGAUUCCCCCGUCUCCUCUUCUCCGGAAGUCGGGCAGCUUAGCAGGAGGCGGGACACCCAGACCACCAGCGGCAGCAUCAUCCCGGAGGAGAGCGGCAGCAUCCAGCCUCUGGUCUCCUCAGCCGCGGCCGCCGCCUGCAUCAUGACAUCGGGGGAGUUCAUGCAGACCGCUCCCCUGCUGGCGCACAAAUCCAAGAGGAGCCUGCUGUACAAGGCGCUCUGCUUCCUCCUCCUCGUCUUCCAGGGCGGCAUUCUGGACUUCUACCUCAUCAUCUUCACCGACCUGUACUGGUGCUCAUGGAUCGCCACGGAUCUGGUGGUGAUCUCGGGCUGGGGGAUUUUCUUCAUGAAGAACGCGCGGAGCAAGAGGGAGCGGGCCUGCGGCUUCCACCAGAAGAGCUCCAUCUUCGGCUGCAACCUCGGGGAGUUCACCUACGCCUACCUGGCCUGGCUCAUAUAUGUCAUCGCCUGCACUCCGAAGGUGGUGCUCAUCCUGGAGACGUCCAUCCUGGACCUGAUCGCGCUCAAGGUCCCGUGCGGCGUGACUGGCUUCAAGAUCAUCAUGCUGCUGUCCGCGCCGCUGCUCUUCUGUCUCAUCAACUCCAUCAUCGAGGAUUUAAACGGGGCGACGCGGCACCACUCCCAGAGCUGCUUCAUGAGCACCUGCCUGGACCUGCUGGACAGCUUCACACUGGUGGAGAUGCUGCUGAGGAACGAGAUCCCCACCCUGUACCUCAAGUACACCGUAAUCUCGGUGUAUUUCGUGGCCCUGGCCGUGCCGGUGAUCUGGCUUUACGAGCUGACGGCGUCGGAGCUGCGCUGCCGGUGGCUGUGGGCCCGCUUCUCCACGGGCCUGGUGGUCAACGCACCCCUGCUUGUAGUCAGGUGUUUCCAGGUCUACGUCUACAAGAUGCAGGUGUCGGUGUUCAUGUUCAAAAACAUCUUCUUCUUGGUGUGUAAGCUCCUGGAGCUGGUGGAGCAGUGCGUGGCGGUGCGGGGGGUCCGGCGGCUGGCCGGCGGCAGCAACCCGGCCCAGUUCUCCCACUGCGUGUCCGAGAACGACAUGUGUCCGCACGGAUACGUCAACACCCUGGCCGUCACCCAGUCCUAGAGCCCGGGCUGAGGGACAGGGACUGCCCGUGGAGAAGUCGUGUUGCGUUCCAGACACAGCUGGAAAUGGGAAAAUCCAUGUUUCAAACCCAGCUCCUGCUUCCAGACUUUGGAUCUUAGAAAAUGUGAUGGCUUGAUUGAAAGGGCCAGCACGAAAGGUAUUUAGGCAGCAAUAUAUCAGCAUACAAAAAACAGUGUGGGGAAAGGUAAAUUAUAAGGCAACGUUUAAAGGAGGCCUAAUUAUCUAUAAAGGGUAAAUCGUUUGUAUACUACUCACAGCAUUGGAAAAUGACAUGCCACAAACAGUGAAUCAACAGAUCAUACUGAAGACAUUUCUUUUUUAAACUGGAACUGCUUUAUGAAAAUGAAACAGUUCUUAUAGCAUGAAACUAUCUCUGUGUUCUUUUGAUAUUCACAGUAAGAGCUGUUUUAAGAGGUGUUCUUUAAGAAUUUUUAAAAUCACUUCCAUUGUAUAGGGGUGAAAAAAGAAAUCUCAGAUAAACUUGUAAAAAAAUAGACAAAUUAUGCAGGGGCAAAUUCCACUAGAAGAAAGUGAGAUUUAUUUAUUUAUUUUACCCUUGAUACGUUGACUUUUAUGCCAAGUGCAAAUAUAAAACAAUACAUUAAAAAACAUAAUUAAAUGGGGUGCUUAUGAUUUAUGACUACUUAUGAAGAGAGGAACCCAAAGACUGUUAAAUAACUUAUAAUUUUCUUAUUGCUGGCCCUCUGGUGUCCGCGGGCCCUGCUUAGUACUUUGGUUACAGUAUAUUAAGGGCUGAAUGUGAUUUAUUGCCAGUGCCAACUCCUUCACCAAUUAACAACCAGUAGUGCAGCUGUACUUUUGAUUUUUAUAUGUUUUUAAUUUGCAAAGAGGUCCUUGGCCUAAUACCUCACAAUGCAUCUGCUGGAUUUUUAGUCCUGUAUAAAAUAACAUUAUUAUCUUAGUGCUGUGUGCAGGAAUUCUUUGCAUAUAUGAAUUUCUACACCAUUAUCCUACACACAUCAACUUUAUACCUGGUCACUGAUCAUCAGCUACUUUAAAUGCUGCCAAGUACCAGCUGCAAGGCUCGAAACACCUGCUAAAAUAGGGACUCUUAAACAAAGGGCCUCACAACUGGAUAAAAUAAAAACAAAGAACACUUUAGGGCCCUUACCACAAAGUAAUUGCAACAUAUGCAAUCUGUGAGCCCCUCAAGGCCUGAUAUCCAGCCAUAACCAGCUGGCUUUAACCAGUUAAUCAAACAUUUUCAAAGCUGUUUGAUUUUGUUUACAGGGUACUCUGCAAUGUUUGAAUGAUGUCAGAUAACUGCUUCUCUCCUUGGAGCUGACUAAUCUUUCCAAGGUUUCGACUCGAAAUUUAGACUUUUGGGGGCUGAUGACAUUUUCAUAACAGUAGGAUGGAUUUUCCAAUUUUUGGACGUGUCUGGAACGCAUCAUCUGUACCAGCCUUACAGUGCUCCCUUUUCAGACCAGUCUACAGGUGCUACAGUCAAACCCAACACCUGCAAUAGCCUAAAAGAAACGGAGAACAAACUGUAGUGAAUUGGAUAUUGUUGACUUGUAUGUGUUCAGUCUGUGAGUUUCACCACUGCACUUGAGUGGAGUACGUAGAGACAGCAGCUGGACUCUGUGUCGUGUUGGGAUGUAAAGUGCAAUUUGAAGAAUCCUCUGGUUUGACUCACCAGGGCCCAUUGUACACCAGUGUUUCCUAUUGAUGACAGUGUUGUCUGUGGAUCUCUACUGGUUUGAAAUGCUGUGUCCGGUACUCAGAGUAGAAUAGACACGUGUGUAUGUUAAUGCCAUGCAUAAAGAUCCAACAGUGCCAUGACAAACAGGUUUUCUACAGCCCUUUUCAAAUGGACCCCGGGCCAACAGCAGUUUCUGUUGGUAUCACUGGCUGUGCUACUGUUUUACUACUUCUCUCACUUCUGGGAUCAUGAGUCCUAAAAGAUCACUGGCUACUGUUCACUCCGACAUCCAUUAUUUUAAAAGCUGCAGUUCUCUGAGAGAAAGCUGGGCUCUUUGUGUGUCCCAAUUUCUCCAAAAACAACAACAAUUUAUGCAUUCAUGGGCCGACAGUAUUUCUUCGAUGCGACCCAGCAUUCAAAACAGCUCAGCAGACUCGGAAACAGUUUGUGAUCUAAGAUUCUUGAUGUUAAAGCUUGACUGAGAGUGGAUUUAUGGGGCCGAUUCUGAUACCGAUAUAAGGGAGUAAAAAAUUCUGAUAUCGAUAAAUUGGCCGAUAUAUACAUGUAACAUUAACAAUGCACUCUGAUUUAUGUUAUAACGCACAAACAGAGUAGGCUAAUUAGUUUGUUAUGUUUGCUGUUUUAUGCUCCAAUAUGCAAAUGUUACUUUUCUCAUCGCCUGCUGUAUUUUGCUACAGUGACUUUAAGCUCUUGUCCUGUAUGUUGAACGGCAUUACAGGGUUGACAUCACUGAGAGCAGCUUUUGUCUCUCAUUUUGUGCUGCUGCCAGCAGAUUGUAAGUCAAAGGUGUUCUGCUGGACGAACUAUGUAACCAAGCAUUUAACAAUUAGAAUGGGAGUUUGACCAACAACCACAAGACCAUCCUCCCCAGUGUUUGACCCAGGUUUAUGUGUUUCUGACAUGCAACCUCUUUGGUGUCCUUUCUGAAGGAAAGGCAGCUGCAUGCCAUUGCUAUAGUACCACUAAAUCUAAAUCACUAAAAGAUUGGCAACAACCAAUGCUAGUACUUAAAGAUCAAAGUUUUUAUCAUGUAGCAAGUAAAAAAAUGAAAAAGAAAAAAUGCAUUUUCUCCCAUGUUUGUAAUGGUUGUAAGUUGAAGGUGCUGAUAAACCAUAUCAUCUAUGCUCAUUUGGGUCAGACAGUGUGUUGGAGGACAGUAACUGCAUGCAGCAGCUCUAAGGUUCUGUCCCCAUAACAGAGCUGCUACAUUUGAGCUCUGUUGUCAUUCUGAGCUUGGCUAACAAGCUUCCAGUCUUUAUGCAAAACUUGGUUGAACAGGGAUGCAAAGAGAUGACUAACAUCGAUCACGUUGGUUCAGACCAAAUAAACAGACUAAAACUGUUGUUUGGACGUUCCAUUUAAAUGAUGCAUGGACUUUGAAGGCACAAAAGGAGGGAUGUUCCUAAAUAACAAUCUUGUAAAAAUAAUUUAUGUCCAUCAGUGGUGUAGUGGUGCUUGUAGUGGUGUUUUAGUACUACUAGGUCAAACAGUAGGUUACUAAGGAGGAAGUGGGUAUACUCUCCUAAAUAUUACAAUGACUGUGGUCAAAACUCUCAUAUGGAGGAGGAGGAGGUGUUAUGUGUGGGAGAUAUGAGACAAAGGCCUGCUGCGGGCGCUGGAUUUCAUUCAAAAUCCCACAACCUGUGCAUCAGAAUGACGCUUAGAAGCUGUAGUUUUUUUUAUCUGUAUCUUUGUGUUAAUUUUUCCAUCAAAAACCCACUCCAAAUAUAAAUUAAUUCAAACACAGCAUCAUUGAAAUUAAAAAGUAUUCCCUCGAACUGAAGAAUAUUUUUCUAUAUCUUUACUGUUGUUUGUAUUUCCAGGACCUUUUGAUUUUUAAAAACUAUUUUUAGUUUCUGAUUGUUCAGUGUCCAGUAAAAGGGGGAAGUCAAUAAUAAAACUAAAGAGAGAGACAGAGAGGGAGAUAAAUUAAAUGUACAUUAUGAGGAUGUGGAAAUAUAUAUCAUAAUUAAUUAUAUGCCAUUGUUAAAUCAGUUUGAUGCUUUAAAGGCACAACAAUUGAUUUGUCAGUGAAUAUUAUAGGGUAGAAAAUAUGUUUUCCCAAUUUAAAGUGACUUCUUACAUAGCCCACACCCUGUCCUGUCUUUUAUUUGAAUAUAGAGACAGAUAAUGUUGUUGGCUCAACAGAUACAGAUAAUGACGUCUCUGUACACCUCUACCCUCCUCUAUAGCACUUCCCCACCCCGUCUCUGUUCAGUUGUUGGGUGUCAACUGAAAUUCUCCUGCCUGGACCUAUAUACUAUAGCCUAGCUGUGGCUUUAAGCAUAUUGAAAAGGACACACACACUGAAUCAAACAGUGUGUUAAAAAUGCACCUUUUUUCAUGGUGUGUGUAGAAGUUGAUGUAGUAAUGAGUUGGAGACAGGAGACAAUCAGAGCAUUAUUUACAGCUUUGUAGCAGCAAGAGUUAGGCUUCCAUAGGCUUGUAGUAAUCUGUCUACACUGCAAAAAAGCCAACUUGUAUUUUUUGGCCUAAAACAGUGAUUUAAUUUGGUAAAACUUGGAAAUAUAAAUUACUGACAUUUAGGGCAAUAAUGUAAGUUAGCACAACAAAGGAAGCCAGUUGUAUGCUCAAAAACAAGUUUGUGAGUUAUUGUUACUUAUAUCUUUAAGUUGGGGUUCAAAACAAGGGACAAUAGUUCUGCUAACUCUUGUUUCUUUGUUGUGAAAUUUGGUCAUUAGCGAAAGCUGGAGGCUAACUGAUGCUAGCAGCUAACUGAUGCUAGCGGCGCUGCUUGUUACAGCUACAAGAGUAGCCAUUAGCGUAUCAAUGCUAACUCAAAAUUGUGGUCACAACAUCAGCUGACAUUCAUGGCGGCAUUACAAUCGUGCCAGAGAAAUUCAGAGUUGAGCAAACUCAAAAACAAAAUGUAAAAUAUUUAGUUUAAUUGUCCAACUUAAAAUUUUAUCGAAGUUUGUUGCCUUGAAAUUUUGAGUUCACCCAUUUUUCUUUGUUUGCAGUGUAACACAUGGUUGAUCAGAGUAUCUUAGAUAAGUAUAUGAAGAUGUAUAAUGAAGACAUUGUGCAAUAUGAGUCAGAAGGGUCUGAACUGAUUUUAGUGCCUAUUGUUUUGGAGCUGAAUAAACGCAUAGUUUAUUGCUAUGAAUUCACAGUCGGUGUAUCUGUGCAAUUUGCCAGCUUUGUUUGCCUCUUUGUGUGCGAUCAGUGUAUAAAGGU